UUCAAUAAGUGAUUGGGAAUCAUUCUCUCGAGAAUCAUGAUAAUGUGGCCACCAUGUUGGUCGAUAAACAAGAGACUAAGGCUUAUUAACCCGUUAUUAAGUAUCUUUUGGGAUAGUGAUCUAACAUGGCGGCUAUAAAACCAGCAAUUCUAGUAUACGAGGAUCUCGAAGUCCUAUAUAUAGCCUUAGUUUCUCACAUCACCGAAAAUAAGGCAGUACAAAACCAAUUUCAGUACGAGUGUACGUAUAUUUUUGUCGAUAAGCCUGUGCGUGACCGCACAUGCGUGACUUCAUGUGACGUCACAAUAAUGUGAUCCUAUAAUUAUCCUCAGUGACGAGAGACUCUAUUGAGCUCGCGCGAACAUGUGCGUGAGAUCUGUGACCUUGGAUAACAAACUAUCGAUUCAAGAAGUACAGAAAUUCCCAUGACUUUAUGGGCAUUUGUUGCGGCAAAACACAUCCUGAAAUCAUCCAAAUAGAAGGAAAAACAGAGGUUGCAACAUCCACGUCAUCCUUGAAAGAUAAUUUUGAAGAUGCGCAGAUUGUUUCUUCAGAAAAGGAAUCGGAAGACCCCAUAGCUUCUCCUCUACCGUCAGUAGAUACGAAAAUAAUUACAGAUAAAGAAGACUUAUUUGACACUGUGGCUGCUAGAACGCGUUAUUCUACCUUUAAGCACGACAGAGGCUAUGAUUCAAUACGUCGAUCCUCUGUAUACGUGAACGGACGAAGAAUAUGCGAAGAUGAAGACCUAAUAAAAAACAAUUUGACCUCAGGACAGAGACGAAAAUCAGAGGAAGGCACAACCAGGACCAGUGAAUACCUUCCAAAGAGGCUGAGCCUUCCAGAAGGCAAAGCACUUUUGGACUUCGAAAAGUGCUACAGUGCUGAGGACAUUAAAAACGAAGCUGCCCAUUUUGUAAAAGUAAUACUGGAGAAAGAGAAGACAAUAUCUCUAGAUAUGAACCAACAACACGAAGAAGAAGAAGGAAGAAUCUGUGAUCUUCAAAAUACUAGAAAUGUCAUUUGUAACACGAAGAAGGAAGAUACAAGAAAUGGAAAUGAUUUUUCAUCGGAUGUAAGCCAAAGUCACGAGAAAAAUGAUGAAAAUACGAACGAGAUUUCUGCAGCAAAGACAAGAUUUAAAAGUCUUGAAGGAAUAGACGAACGAGAUGAAGAAAUUGAAGUAACGUCCCAUAGUGAAGACGCCGAGUCAGACAACGAAUCUUUCUUCGACGUUAAAGGUGAAAUGCUCUCACUUUUCAACAAAUUGGAAGCAGAUGCAAGCUUCGUAUAUACGAUUAAAGACCAAGAUCCCAAAUCCACGACAUCUGAGGAUCAAUCAAGUAAUGGUGACCACAGUUUGGUACGUGAAAUGGAAGCAAUUUUCCAAGAGUUCAAGCAGCAAGCCGAUGAAAACGAACUUAAUUCCUCACAUUCUAACAGCGACAAGGAGUCAGAUGCUGAAUCCUUCUUUGAUAUGUCAAAAGAAAUUGAAAACAUCAUCAGCAAAUGUGUCGUUAGUUCAGAAAUUGAGAAGAGCUCAGAAGAGAACGUUUCAAGAGAGAAUGCUCCUGAAAACAGUCCAGAUUCCGGUUCAUUCUUUCACAUUCAAGGUGAAUUGGAAUCUCGCUUGCAGAAUUUAGUGCUUCAUUUGGAUGGCUCUGGUUCUGAUGAGGAAAGUCGAGGUAAAGUCGAAGAAAGGCUUUCAUCUGGUGAGGGGUCGUACUUCAACAUGAUGGAUGAGAUUGAUUUGCGUUUGGACCUUGUGAAGCAUGGAAAUGUUAUCUGAAGCUAAGAUGUUUUGAUCAGCGAAAAGUGUCAACGCGUCUUGUACAAUAAAGAGAAGAUUAUUCGUUAGA